GUGCUGCUGCUGGUCUUCUCCUGUAUCCGGAAGAAACUCUGGGAUUAUGGGAGAAUUGCGCUAGUAGCUGAAGCUGAAGGCUGCUUCCUGUUUGGGGUCACCCCAGCAGAUCGUUUGGUCCACAGGUUUCAGUUUGGCACAGGUUUUACACCAGAUGCCCUUCCUGACCCAACCCUCCCAUGUAAUCUGGGCUUGGGCAGUUAACUCUUCAGUGACUGUGUUAGCGCCCUGCCUGGGAAUCGAACCCAGACCACAGCAAUGAGAGCGCGGGAUCCUGCUGCUGGACCACCAGGAGGCUAUUAAGUUAUCUUAAAUAGAUAAAUAAAUAAAUAAAAAUAUAAUUUUUUAUAAUCAGUUUUUAUUUAUUGAAAGACAAAACCAACUGCUUGAAAGCUAAUUGUCACCUAACUGAUAGUUAGAUAGAAGAAUGUCCAGACAUCAGUCUGUGAUCUGAAGCUCAAAUGCAGUUGUGUUAUUCAGCAAGACAAUGAUCCAAAGCACAAGGGCAAGUCCAGCUCUUAACAGCUAAAAAGAAACCAAAAUUAUGGUUUUAUUGUGGCCUAGCCAAGGUCCUGAGAUGAACUCUAGUAAAAUGUGUCAGGACUUGAUUCCUCCACAAUGAUCUAAAAGUCUGAUGUGCAGCCAUCAGAAGCUUUUGAUUGCAGUUUGUGGCACAACCACAAAUUUUACAGCUGUUACUGUUUCCACAUGGAUGAUGCUGCAUAAACGUUUUCCUUCAGUAAAUGUAAUGAUCCGCAUGUUCUUAUUGACUUAUAUUACAUGUUGUAGGCAUGUAGUAUGGCAAAUAUGCAAAAAUACGACACUGUGCAUAUACAAAACAGAAAGCAGGAUUUUUUUUGGUUGUUGGGAAUCUGGACACUGGCAGUUUAGUCUGGAACAGAGCUUGUUUCACAUGAAAGCUGUCAUGUGGAGCGGGAAGCGCAACCCGAGAGUACCUGUAGGAGGUAGUGAGAGUACAGCUGCACUGGAAGAUUCCUGUGAAUUUGAGCUCAGGUCUGCACUUGUCCAGCAAAGUAACCUGCGCAAGCCGAUGACUAUCAGCGCAUUAGUUUCCACAACACAUGUGUAGCAUGAGCGAUAGAGGAACGUCGUGGAACGUUUUUGCACAUAAUAGCACCAAAAAACAAGAACUAGUCACGUUAUGUUCUCCAUGCGUGUUUGUGAUGAUGUAAGAUAAACACAAAUGCAGCAGGGUUCGAUAGAAUCAAGCCAGUCUGAAACCAGACCAGUACUUUAGAGGGAAGAGUACUGGUACAAAUCACACUCGGAUUUGGACUGCAGCGAAUGUGCCCACUUUAGUGGGUUUAGUUACUGAGAUCUUUUAAGAGCAGAUUAAGACUGAUCCACAUUUGCAGUAUAAAUCUACUACAAUUGGCUAGUUUUUAUAUACACUGUAUGUAUACACAAUACAUAUACUGUAUAUAAAAUAGAUAUAGGUGUGUGUGAAUUAUAUAUUAAUUGCAUAUAAAAUGUAGAAUAAAGUAAUGUGGGGACUAAAUAAGGUUUAAUGGUGCGUAUAAUUGGCUCUUAUGCUGCUUCAAAUAAAUCAAAGUAAUGACUUUUGGCAAUUGCAGGUUUAAUGAGAUUUCUAAACGGCGUUAUGGUAGGAUGACAUCAUUCAUGUCCAUUGAGGAGAGCGAGCACGAGAGGGGAUUAUUUUCUUGGCUGACCUUCAUCAUCACCAUGGAUCAAACAAUGGUGAAAGAGAGGUGUGGGAUGGAUGCUGUGCACUACCUGUCAUUCCAGCGUCAUCUUAUUGUUCUCCUGCUCAUCGUCUGUGUGCUGUCUGUUUCUGUCAUCCUUCCAGUCAAUCUGUCUGGAAACCUGCUGGGGAAAGACCCCUACAGUUUUGGCAGAACAACCAUCGCAAAUCUUGAGAAUGGGGAUAAUCUGCUUUGGUUGCACACAGUGUUUGCAGUUGUGUAUCUCGUCCUCACGGUGGCACUGCUGAGACAUCACACCUCACUAAUGAAAGGAACCAGAAGAGAGACAGCUAGAACAACGCUGUUUGUAUGCUCUGUCCCUCCCACCGCCAGCGAAGACAGUUUAAGGAUUCAUUUUACAGAGGCAUACCCAUCCUGUGAGGUAAAGGAUGUUCGUUUAUGCUACGAUGUGACUAAGCUGAUGUACCUGUCAACUGAAAAGAAGCGAGCAGAGAAAAACUUGCUGUAUUACCGCAAGAUCCUGGACUCCCAGGGGCAGCAGGAACUCAUCAACCCCCGGCCUUGUGGGCAUCUCUGCAUCUGCUGCCCGUGCCAAGGGUGUAAAGGGAUUGAUGCUAUAGAGUACUAUAGUUCUCAGGUGGCUCAGUUCGAUGAAGAAUUGAGAAGGCAUGAGGAGAAUAAUGUGCAGCGUCCACUGGGAAUGGCUUUCGUCACACUCCAGACUGAGUCCAUGGCUGCGUACAUUCUGAAGGAUUUCAAUGCUCUUCAAUGUGGAGCUGGGUCUCAGGAAAUGGGAAGAGUGAGAGAAAUAUCAUGCUGCUGUCAUAGAGAGCCUCAGCCUUCGUCCAGUAGCGAACUGCUGAAAGUAAAACAGUGGAGCGUGAGCUAUGCGACUCAUCCGAAUAACAUCUACUGGGAGAACCUGUCCAUGCCACGCUGGGUGUGGUGGGCUCGAGUUCUGCUGCUGAACACCUUACUCUUCAUCCUGCUCUUCUUCCUCACCACUCCUUCCAUAGUCAUCUCUACCAUUGACAAGUUCAAUGUCACAAAACCCAUCCACUACCUAAAUAGUGCUAUUAUCAGUCAGUUCUUCCCAACUCUGCUCCUGUGGUCCUUCUCAGCACUGCUGCCCACUAUAGUCUACUACUCUACACUGCUGGAGUCCCACUGGACCAGGUCGAGUGAGAAUAUGAGUAUGAUGUACAAGCUCUACAUCUUCCUGCUCUUUAUGGUGCUCAUCCUGCCCUCGCUGGGCCUCACCAGUUUAGAUGUGUUUUUCCGCUGGCUCUUUGAUUCUCAGUCAGAUCGGAAGCUGAGAUUCGAGUGUGUGUUUCUACCAGAUCAGGGUGCGUUCUUUGUGAAUUAUGUGAUCGCUGCUGCAUUGGUAGGCUCCGGGAUGGAGCUGCUCAGAUUGCCGAGUUUAUUGCUCUAUACUGUACGCAUGGCUCUUGCAAGUUCUGCUGCAGAGAGAAAAUAUGUUAAACAGAAUCAGGCAUACCAGUUUGAAUACGGAGCAAUGUACGGCUGGACUCUGUGCGUCUUCACGGUCAUCAUGGCUUACAGCAUCACCUGUCCUGUUAUAGCACCCUUCGGUUUCCUGUAUAUAACCUUAAAGCACCUGGUGGACAAACACAACCUGUACUUCACCUACCUACCUGCCCAUCUGGACCGACAGGUGCACCUGGGAGCUGUCAAUCAAGCCCUUGCAGCACCAAUCAUCUGUCUAUUCUGGCUCUAUUUCUUCUCGCUGUUGAAGACAGGCUUCAUGGCUGCCACGUCUCUUUUCACGUUGGUGGUUCUGUGUGUGACCAUUUUCAUUGGCAUCGGUUACACCUGCUUCGGCCACUUCAAAUACUUCAGUCCUCAUAAUUAUGUCGUUAAGGAUGAAGAUGAAGACCCUGAUGCAACUUCAGAAAGUUCCACUGGCUCUGUGUACCUUCCCAAGGUUUUGCGCCCUGAAGUUGCCUCCGAGUCUCGUGCAGAGGUCAGCCACCACCAUUCCUACGGCACCACAGACCCGAGCCCAGCUGUUCUCAGCUCUCAAGAAGAGCAGCAAGCUUAGGACACACGACACGGCCGCCACUUCGCAGAUAAAAAGCAGUCUAACUCUCAGGGCUUUAUGCAAUUAAUAUACGAAGCAAGCCCGACAGUGUAAGAGACUGAGACAACAGGGUGGCGACGGUUUACAGAGCACACUGAGAACCUGAAAUGAAUCUCUUGAUGAAGGUGACAUCACAGAAAUCUUCCUUCCAGAUGUGGGGUGUCUAUGAUCAUUUCUCAAACAAUAAACAUGAGUUAAUAACUGCAGUAUUGUUGAAGUAUGAGAGCGAUCCUGUCAACAAAUAGUUUGCACCGCCACUCCAGCGUAGUGACGUAAUGAUUUAACGCCGCUGCGUCUGACGUAAUUAUUUAACGUCAUCCGCUCCGGCAGUGUGAGGCUGUAAGUAAACAUUGUGAUGUAUUGAAAGCCCUGACCUCGUGCUUACACCCCAGACAAAAACCACAUCACAGCAAAACCGACACUUUGUACGGCUAGAAUAAAUUCAGGGAUGGUGAGAGGGGAGUGUUUUAUUAACAAUAUCCCCGACACUGGACUGAUCUGCUCUGGGGGUUUCUCAAUAACAAAGAUCUAAAACCUUCCUCAUCAAGUUUAGUUUACUCAGUGCUCUACUGAAGGGCGUAACUCGAAUGUUGCACAAGCUUCUUGGAGCUUUUACCGAAGAGAAGGAGCCAAAUGAAUCACGGCUGUUUUGUGUCUGGGUUAAAAGUUACUUUAACCAAAUGAGUUCAUAGGCUUAACAAAUGUACCCGGAACAACUGAUUACAUUUUCUGUCAAUGUAAUGAAUGAGAAUCAAAAUCAAAGGUAUUGUCGAAGAAAUGUAAAAUGAUUGUUAAAUAUAUGUUGAUUUGAUAUUCUUGCUUUUGAAAAUCCUGCUUUCUAAUAUUUUAAAAACAGAUUUCUUACAAAUACAA